AACGGAUUCACCAAGUUUACAGCCAGUUUUGGCCAGUUUACAGUCGACGCAGUGGGAGAACGGUUUUAUUCAAAAUUGCUCUGCUCAUUUAGCUGUUUUGGCGCGAAAGCAUUUUAAGGAUUAAAGAUUAACGCGAAGCACUUGGAUUGAUUAAUCUCAUCGUACAAGAGCACGGACACGAGGUAGUUGUCUCUUCGCAUCGAGAAAAAUGGAAGAUUCGGCAAUAAUGACACAUUUAAAGAGGCUGGUGGCGGAUGGCAACGAAGCCUUGGAAUUCAGAUUAAUUCGUGAUCCGGAUGAUUUGAAUUCUGACAAGGCUAUAUUCAAGCCAGAAAUGACUUAUCAAGUAUUCGGAGACAGGGAAAUAAUAUUUGGUUACGGAGACCUGAAAAUACAGUUGUUCUACGCAGCGGGAUGCUUGGAAACAUAUCUUGGAAUAAAUUACACGGAGAAAGCGAGCAUAAAGAGCGACGGAGUCGAGCCCGAUGAAAUUUUAACGAAAAUCGUUGCGAAGCUCGCGCCGGACGUUCACUAUACUUUAAACGACUUCAUGCGCGCACUGGCCAAGGACGACAUGUUCGUACCACACGGAGAGUUGAUAAAUUCCUUCACGAUAAACGAUGCAGGAACUACGAGGCGAUUUGUAGUUUACAAAGCGGAUAUGAGCUACAGCGGAUUCAGGCAGUAUCAUGAAAGGAUUCAAACGUUCCUUCUUUGGUACAUAGAUGCGGCUCUCUUUAUUGAUAUUGAUGACAAUCAAUGGCAGUAUUUCAAUGUAUUCGAAGCUUACACCACGCCUACAGGUACGCCUCGAUACGCGACAGUCGGUUUCGCCACUGUAUAUCGAUAUUACGCAUAUCCGCAGCACAUUCGGCCGCGCAUCGCCCAAUUCCUAAUCCUACCACCGUUUCAAAAGGUGGGUGUUGGUACGCACCUGUUGCAGGCGAUUUACAGCGAGUACAUCGGCAGGAAAGAUGUUACAGAUAUGACAGUCGAGAGUCCGUCCGGAACGUUUCAGCGAUUACGCAACUACGUGGACGCCGUAAAUUGCAACGCCUUACCUAGUUUUAAACCGGAAUUUUUGAAACGAGGAUUCAGCAACGAGAUGGCUGCCGAGGCGAAAAAUAAGCUGAAGAUAAAUAAGAAACAAGCCCGCAGAGUAUACGAGAUCUUGCGACUGCGCGCAACGGACACCGUGGACGCGGCGGAGUACCGGGAGUACAGAAUAGACGUGAAGAAAAGACUGAACAUACCGUUCAAGAGAAAAGAGAACGAGGAGCGGAAGAUAGAGCGCGCCUUAAAGAACGUGGACAAGAAAACCUACACGAACGGCCUGCCGUCCGUGGAGCAGCGCAUAGAAAUACUCGAGAAGGAAUAUCAGCUCGUGGAGGACGAAUACAAACUCGUUAUCGAGCGCUUGAAAUACGGUCCCGAAUUGUUCGCGUUAAUUACACAAAACUAAAACUAAACGAAACAAAAAUGAAGAACGCAGAAAUAUAUCGAUAAUUUACAAUGUUUCAUA